GCUGGGCCCAAGUGCUCUGAUGGGGUAGGAGAGGCUGCGCCUCCUCUUGGAACGCCAAGUGGCUCCCUUCGCUGACCCGAGUGGCGCUGUCCCAUGCGCCAGCCGAUGGCAUCCAUGCGCUUUACCGACGGAAGAGGCUUCGUGGACUGUACUGAAUUACUAUCGCCACAGCCGGCGAAUUCCUCGGGCGUGGACUGGCUGGGUGCGCUCGCGCAUUGCCCCGACUCUUCCUUUCAGUUUGCCUUACCCUGCGGGGCCAGAACGCCGCUUCGGCAUUUGUAAACUGCUUCUUGGCGAAAAGGGGCUGCAGCAGAGCGAGGCUUAGGGAAAAGGCGGGCGAGGGGCUUGCCACCAACUCGGGCUUGGCUGGGAAUGCGAGUGGAGGAGCGCCCCCGCGAGAAGCGACCAGUCGAACCGGGCAGGGGCGCCACUUUCGGGUCACGCGCUGUGCUCUGGCAGUCGCCUCGGUGCAAAGACGCCGCUCUCCUCCUCCCAGCCCCUUUUAAAGUUCUGGUUAGAAACUCCGAAGACGGGAGGGCGCACUUCGGUGACUUCUGCAGCCAUUUUCAGCACGGCACUUCGCCCAACCCCACUUCCUUGUUAAAUGUUUGUAAACAAUGGACGCCGGCAAAGAAUUGCGCCUGUGUGUGGAGAUAGUCAAAGAUCGUCUUUAUUUUGCCAUUCUCUGUCAUAAACCAAAGGGUUGUGGUGCAAGUACACACUAUUUCUGCAUAGAUGGUGAAUUUGUAUACGAGAACUUCUAUGCAGAUUUUGGGCCACUCAACCUAGCAAUGCUUUACAGAUACUGUUGCAAGCUCAAUAAAAAAUUAAAGUCCUUUACAAUGAUAAGAAAGAAGAUAAUUCAUUAUGCUGGUUUUGAUCAGAAAAAACAAGCCAAUGCAGCCUUCCUUAUAGGCUCUUAUGCAAUAAUAUAUCUGAGAGAAUCUCCAGAAACUGUAUAUAGGCAUUUAUUGGCUGGAAAUGUGUCAUAUCUUCCUUUCAGGGAUGCUGCAUUUGGUACUUGCAGUUUUCAUUUAACACUGCUUGACUGUUUUCAUGCAAUAAAUAAGGCUUUGCAGUAUGGCUUCCUUGAUUUCAGUAGUUUCGAUGUAGAAGAAUAUGAGCAUUAUGAGAGGGCAGAAAAUGGAGACUUUAACUGGAUAAUACCAAAUAAAUUCAUUGCCUUCAGUGGACCUCACUCAAGAAGUAGAAUUGAAAAUGGUUACCCACAUCAUGCCCCUGAGGCCUAUUUUCCCUACUUCAAAAAAAAUAAUGUUACCACUAUAAUUCGCCUAAACAGAAGAAUGUAUGAUUCAAAAAGAUUUAAGGAGGCUGGCUUUGAACAUUACGAUCUCUUCUUUGCCGAUGGAAGUAUACCAACUGAUACCAUCGUCAAGACAUUCUUAAAUAUUUGUGAAAAUGCUGAAGGUGCUAUAGCGGUUCAUUGCAAAGCUGGACUUGGCAGAACUGGCACACUUAUAGGCUGUUAUAUUAUGAAGCAUUACAGGAUGACUGCUGCUGAAACCAUUGCCUGGGUUAGAAUGUGCAGACCUGGCUCUGUGAUUGGAUCACAGCAGCACUUCCUGUUAGAGAAACAGUCAGAACUUUGGCUGGAAGGUGAUCUUUUCCGUUCAAAGUUAAGGAGCAACCACAAACUCUCUGUUACAAAAAUUCUUACGGGCGUAGAUGACAUUACAAUUAAUGAUUCCAAAAAUAAGAGAGCCAACAGGAAAGAUUCUGAACCGUACAGUGAUGAAGAUGAAGCAAACACAGUAACACAAGGAGAUAAGCUUCGUGUCCUGAAAAGUAAAAGGCAGGCAAAAGCAAAUUCAGUUCCACUAACUGUAAUUCUGCACUCCAGUAUUCAGAAAAGUAACUCUGAACCUAGCAUUUCUGACAAUGCAGACCUUAGUGAAAGAACUACCAGGUCUACUGCAAGAAAAAGCAGUUUUAAAAGGCGCAGUGGCCUUCAAAAUGGCCGCCGUGCUGAGGAAAGGCUGAAGAAUGGGCUUAUUUCUGAAGGGAGGCCAGCAGGGGGAAGGAUAUCCAUGGACACCCCCACCCCACCCCACCUCCCGCUACUUUGGACAACUCCCCCAGAGGGGUCUGAUGCCUCAGAGGGAAAGAAGAAAAAGGGAUGCUUUACAACACAUGCGCUUAUGCAGUGCUCCUGUCCCACGAACUAGAACAGUACUGCGUUAAGCAAUUGGAACUGAAGAGGAUGCAGGGGGUGUCCAGUCAAUUAAAAAUCAAAGGAAGAGACUCUUUUGGUUUUUUAAAAAUGCAGUGGUCUAACAACAUUUGGUUGGGAAAAUUCUGAAUGCAUUGAAAAGAACUCAAUGAGACCCUGUGUUAAGAUUUUGACUUUUCAAUGCUGGAAGCAUUCUAAAAUGCAAAAGCUGCCUGCGAAGUAGAUUUUAACAUUGGGACUAAACUCUCUUGUUGUUAAGAGAGCGUUCUUUUCUGUAUGAUGCAUGUGUACAAUAUGUGAUGGCAAUCGCUUAGCUUCUGUCCACCACAAAGAAGUGGUUGUGGGGAGUAUUUUAGCUACUUGAUAACUUAACAUGUCAUUCCAGUGUGAUUUCCCUUUCCAAUAGGAGAGAAAAUGGGAAGACACACCUUAUUUGCUCAUUGUGGCUUACAGACAGUACAGUGAAAUAUGGGCAGUACAGCACCAUUUUCACCGCUGCAAGUGUCUAAAACACCACCUGUGGUGUUGCAGAACAGCCCUGUUUCACUGUGACUUACAAUUGUGUGAGUGCAGUUGCACAACACAGCACAUGUUAUUUCCAAUGGGUGUUGCACAGGUGCGCUUGCUAAAUUUUAAGUUGCAGUGCAACAUAGUUGUUCCACAACACCACAGGUGACAUUUUAGAAGCACACAGCAGUGUGGGCACUGCCAAGGCGCCUGUGUCCUGCUGCUCUGUAUGUGAGCCAAUAUUCCUUGCUUGACUAUCCUAAUUUGUAUUAGGAUUCUUACCAAGCUAUAGCUUGUUCCUAAACUACUGGUCACCAAAGAGUGCUUUCUUAUCAUUGUGUUAUUUUCUGAUUUUUCCAAGUAACAUAACUGUCUAAAGUGCUGCUUAUUACUUUUAACACAGCUUCCAUUAGAAUUAAGAUGUACAUGUGCUGCAUUUAAAGCCACUAUCUUCUGAUCAGAUGAUUGUAAAAUUACUGGAAAUAAUAGAGAAGUGAGCAAAAUGCACUAAUCAUGCAGUUUCCCCCCAUGAUAACUCACCUUUCAUGUGCUUAUACCCAACAUCCCUGUGUGCAGAAAGAGUGCUAGAGGGGGAUUUUACAACUCUCUCCCCAAGCCUUUACCAUUGGAAGAAAGGCUAUGAAGGUCUGUUUUAUGCCUUCUUGGUAGCAUCACAUCUCCAAAUAUAAAAGAUUCAGCUGCUGUAGUCUGCAGUAGUCACUUCUCUUGGCUUUUGCCUAAAUUGUUAUAGUUUUAAGGCAUGGAGAGGCAGCAGCAACAGCUCUGCAGUGCAAUUUAGAAAGAGCACUUUGAGUUGUCACUAUUGGUAUUCUUGGCUUUAAAGAACCAGGAAAGGCCACUGCAGGAGCACCUGUUCUGGCAAUAAGUGACAGAGGCAUUGUGUUAGCUGCAUCUGCUGCCUUUCUGUUCUUAAGAAUCAGGAAAUGCAGCACUGCAUAGCUGUAAUGAUGCUGUGUCUGUCUUUCAGCUAAUGCUGUUCUGCCUGUGGGGAAAAAUAACUGCAGCACCUAGAAAGCAGAAUAGCACUUGCUUGUUUACCUAACGGUAAUUGCUGCUGCCUGUGAUGAGAUGCAUGAAUAAUUGUAACUCUGCAUUUAACACUAUCGCUACCCUAAAUCUUGAGCCAGCAAAACUCUGCCACAGAGUUUUAAAGUGGGGUCUACUAGCUACUGGAUAAAUUGAGCAAGUUGCUAACCCAGUUUGAAUUAAAAAGUUGGAAAUCUUGCCCUUCUGGUAGCAGUUGCUGAGAGCUUAACUGUGCUUUCAGAAAUAUUGCAUGGUUUAGCCCUCACACACAGAACUGUGCCACUCAGAGUACAUAUUCAAUAUUGCUUCAUGCUGUUAACCUCCCCACCACCAUCAAACUCCCUUCAUAUAAACUCGUUUAGAAUUCUUAUUCCAGACAGGAUACCUUUUCACGAAUAAGCAGGGACACAUUCAGUUAAGCUGGUUACCCUAUUCUUUUCCUGUAAUUUUCACUACUGUUCAUUGUUUGAACCACUGUACUGCUUCAUACUCUACAGAAUUCCUACACUGAAGUGAUGUUCAUUUAGGAAUCUGCACAAAUCCCACAUGUGAGAGAAUGUUGUGUGCAAUGUACACACAUGCUUGGCUGACACAAUUUGUUUUGACUUCCAGGCCUGUGGAUGCAGACCUUAGAGAGCAACCACACAAAAUUUGUCUGCAGGCCUUCUGUCAUGUAUAAAAUGGUCCUCAAACAAGUAGGAAAUCUGUAGCCAAGUGACUUCAUUACCACAUUUUCUUUUAAAUGUUAUGUCUUUAGGGAAUCUUUUCCGCAUGUAUUCAGUAGUGCAGAGUGCUCCUACAUGUUGCAAAGAAUUCUGGCUUAUGUUCUAGGGUCCAUGCUCAGCUCAUGUGAAAUACUGGCCAUUCAUGAUAGGCCUCACUCUUGGCCCUCCAUGACCGGGAGGAGUGACCUAGAAUAUUCCCAGCACUCUUGCAGGCAUGCACUGCGGGGGAAGAUUUGUUCUCUUCCAGCAACUGCAGGCUUUUACAAAACACCAUUUGAAAAUCACUGCCUUGAAAUGACAGGUUUCCUAAUCUGUAUUCUUGAGCCUGAAGAGUUUUUUUUAAUUUCUGUCUUUACUAUUUUUUUUCAUCAAGUCUCUCACCUUUUCCUUUUAGUGAUACUUCAGUUCUAAACACAUUCAUGCAGCUAUAAUCUCCUUGCUUUUAUUGGUCUCUCCUACAUCAUGCAUGUAAAACUUGAUGUCACAGGAUCAUAAGUGUAUGUAUAUAUGCUAAGGAACCCCAGUUGGGCUAGGGCUCAGCUUAUUGGCUGUGGAAGACACUGUUAAAACAAAUGUUUGCUGUAGUCAUCAGAGUGUAGAGCUGCCCUUAAGAUCAUAGCCCUGUGUUCGUCAUUGUAAGGCCCAGUGGCAGCUCCCAUUGGCCCAAAGUGCAGCUAUCUGACUGUUUAGGCUUGUGCAAAGCUUCAGCUCAAGCCAAAUACUCCACACAGCUCCCUGGCACUGUACAUAGGUGACUGUACUCACCAUCCCGUGCUCUGGGGCUCCUUUAAGGGGAAAGGAGCCCUCUGGAACCCCAAUGCCAUCUUGAAAAGUGCACAUGGAGAACUGAGAAGUGUAGUCCUUCCCAGUGCUUACCUCGAAGAGCUCACUGGGAUAAGCUUUGGGAAGGACUAAACUUCCCAGCAGUCUUUGUACACCUUUUGAGAUGGUGCUGGGGACUGACAGGCCUGUGCAUCUCUGAAAGGCCUUUCCCCUGCCCUGGGAAAAGCACAGCGGUAAAUGGCUCUCACACUGAAAGCUUUUGCCAAAGUGGCACCUCCUUGAAAAAUAGUGUCGAUCAUGGUCAUAGGCUUACUGGUUAACCCCUUCCUAGGCUUAAACUAUUACUAGGGCCUUCAGAUUAAUUUCAGGGCCAUACAUUAAGAACAUAAGUGCAGUUGCUGUACAAGUUUGUAAUAACUUAACAGCCACAGCAGGAUCCCAUACCCUGCCCCCUCACUUAAUACGAUGGUCCCAAUCUUUAUCUCCUGUUGGAGUAUUGGAGUAAUAGAUAAAUAAAUUUAUCUCCUGUUGGAGUAAUAGAGAGGAUACUCCUCGUGGUUUGGAUAGGUAGGUAAGACCUGGAUCUGCCCGAAAUGAAGUCUAAUUAGAAGCUGGUAGCUUCUUCCUUAACAGGUGUUCACAUUAAAGGAAGGAAGAACUAAUGACUGAUAGAAGUAUAUCCUAAUGUAUAUCCUUGAAUUUGCAAUUCAAGGGUAUUUAAGUAAAACUGUACUAUGACUACAUGUCUUUUUUCAGUUAUUUGUGGCCAAAAGCCAAAGGGCUGAGGCCAGUGAAGAAGAGCCACUUUUGAAGAGCCAAUUAUAUUGCAAUUGUGAAAUCAGUUUUUUGGUCACUCAUAGUUCAAAAAUGGAAAACAUGAUGUUGGUCAGGCUAUGCAGACAUCUCAUAUCUUCACCAUAUGGGGUUAAAUCUUCAGUAUCUGCUAAAAAGAUUAAGGUUAUUUAUGUAUGAGUUCUUUAUACUUUGGUAGUUAGAUAAAUAGUACAUAUGGAAAUAAUGCUAGUGGUCUAUGGGAGGAAGAUAACUCAAAAGUAGUCCCAUUGAAAUUAAGGAAAAGUUUGGCAUUGCCUGGGAUUACUUUAAGAUUUUUCUCAUCAGCUAAUAUUUUCACAACAGAGGAAGAUGGGCUAUAUAUAAAUGUUUCAAUUUGCUUUUAACUUAAGUGUAAAGCACUAGUGAACACCAAUUGGAAUAUAUAAUUGGUUUGUCUGCUUACUGCAUUUUGAGGCCAGAGAAGUUACACAUUUGCCUUUAGACCACUGAAGAGUAGAGAUAGUGUAGUGCGUAUUACUUUUAAGGACCUGUUUAGAUACUUCCUUUUUACCAACUCUGGACUUUAGGCUAGAAUUUAAGUAGAAUUUAAGACUACCUGAGCACUUUGUAGCACAGUUAGGACCAAGAUAGAUGAUGGUUUUGUCUUUUACAUUUCUCUUCUAGCAGGUCAUUUAUACAGGACCAAAAUUGUGCCAUCUCACUCUGUGAAGUACUCUGAAUAGGAGUCUGUGUUUUCUGGACUAGUUUUUGUGAAUAAAAUGGGUAUUUCAAAUUAAGUGGGUAAGCAUUCUUGGCUAAAUAAAGACUAUUCUUUUCCGAUAUUAUAAUCGAUCACUCUUGAAAUGACAAAUCCCAUUAAUGUAUUUUGAGCAGUCAGACCAGCCUUAUUACUAAACAAAUGUUUGUCAACAUGCACAUGUGCACACGCGCACAUGCAGAAAAUAGCCAAGCGUAUAGCUUAAAAUUUAAAUUCAGGAGCCAAGCCUGGAGUAGUAUCCAGAGUGGUCCUUUUCCUUACUGCCUCCUCUUCACUGCAACUCCCAGUCUACUAAAAAGCUUCCCUGAGGGUCAAAGGCCCCUUAGCAAUUGGGUCGGGUGUAAAGCAAAUGGCUGGAGGAGAAGGAGGGGGGAAUGUCAGAACAGCUGGAACUUGGGGAGGGGAAUUCCCCUUGCUGCUGCAUCCCAUGUAAAUGGUAAGGAUCCCUUGACCCUCAGGGAUGGUUUUGUGGGUGGGGGCUGCAGCAAAUAAGAGGCAGGAAAAUGCCUUGUGCUAGCACUGUUCUUACUGCCACCCCUUUGUGUAUGGUUCUCAUAAAAACGUUUGCCAAAUGGACUGUAACGUUCAUUUACGUCCAAAGAGCAUUUGCUGAGGAACGUAACACAUUUUGCUUGAGAUUGACAUACACCUGUGAUCUAAUUUUACAGAGUGAAAGGCAUAGGGAUGAUAAAACACAGUCACUCCUUCUUUCAAAUUCACUUAACAGUGAGGUCUGUUUUCAUGACUAAUUUGCAGUGUUAAGAAAUGGGAAAAGCAAUUCUAUUCCAUAUUACUUGAUAUUUGGAAAGCACAUUCUGUUGCCUUGCAGAAUCAUUGUACCAAUUGGGCAGCUAUGUAUUUAAACAGGAAUCUUAAUCAAAAACAGACCUUGGCCAAUUGAAAUAUAUAUUUUAAUGUGUCUGUGUUUAAUGAAGGACCAUUUGGUAACUAACUUAUUAUUUACCAAGAUUAGUAAAUAGUAAAUUCAUGGCCUGGUUAAGCUUGAACCAGACCAGGCCAGUUUAGUUUUGCCCUCCAUCAACGCCCCUCCCCAUUUGGGUCAGUUCGGGGGGGGGGGGUUGAACUUCCUUUAAAAAAAAAAUUACCCCCUUUGAGGGGCUUCUCCGAGGUGGCUAGGGCAGGGUUCGUGGAGGUUCUCCCCCCGCCACCUUCCUUUAUGCAAAAAAAAGAAAAAAAAGAAAAAGAAAUCACCCAGUUCAGGCAGUCUUUGGCCUUUUCUGGGCCUAUUUCUCAGCAGUGGCCAUUUGGGAGGCUGCUACACAUGUGCAGUGGGACCCUGCGUGGCAUGGCAUGGAGACGGGAAACCUCUGAGGUCCCACCACCACUUUGGAGAAGCCCCCUGGAGGAAGUAAGUUAAAAAGGGGUUUUAAAAAAAAAUGGUUCAACAGACUGCCAAACCAGGGAUGGUUCAGAUUCAAACCUGUUUGCACACCCCUACACAGAAGCAAGUCCCACUGAUUUCAUAAGGCAUUCUACCAGCAUUUGUUAUUUAAGUCUGUAUACAUACGUUAUUCCAGAUCAUGUACCUUUUAAAAGAGAAGUGGUGGUGGUAGUAGUACUAAUGUAAACCACUAGUUGAAGACCAAUCAUUUAAAUCAAUUUAUAGCAUAUAUUAGUUGUAGGGCUGGAAAAAUAGUUCAGGUUCAUCUGUUCCACAACCAUUUAAAGCACUAGUCUUGCAUUAGACUGGAAGAAUACACCAGAUUUCUAGGCAAGCUGGUACAUAAAGUACAUUUAACAUUUUCCAAUCUUAAACUAAAGAGGACUUUCAGAAUUCCUUUUCCUUUGCAUCAUUGUGCUUUUGCUAGGCAGCUUAAGUCAACAGCCUUUAAGUUUAUUUUGCCUCCUAAACACAUAUCCAAAUGAAAACUAUUCCAACUUGGUACUGAUUAGCAGUUACAGCUCACUUUUCAAACAAUUUAUAGCAAAGUUGUUUUGCAGUGAUGGUUUUAUCUGCUAUUGUACUUAGAUUGUGCCAUUUAAAAAUUUUAAAAUCUAUGCUCUGGCAGUGUGGGAGGUAAAGAAGUUCUUUUCUGCCCGCAUUGCUUCCGCAAAUUCAUAUCAAGGCAAGUUGUCUAGGAUUGGGACAAGAACUAGUAUGCGUCCCUCCCCUUUGAAUUUGAACCAUCCGUCAUUCACUGUGACAUAGUCAAUGAUUCUUUUCUGUAGAUAAAAUCUUGCAUUUAGGCCAAACUAGGUUCUGGUUACUGCAGAAUCUACUGUGGAGCUGUCCAGCAACUCUUCUUACAGGAUUUGAUUGGAUCACUUUCAGUUUGACAGCUGAGGAUAUGGACAAACUGCUUUAGACUGUAUGUCCUAUAGCCUGUUCUCUUGACCCUUCCCCAACUUGGCUUAUUUCAUCUGGUAACUGUAUCAUGAGAGAGGGUCUGGUAAAUACUAUAAAUACUUCUGAGGGCAGGAUGGUGUUAGACCACUCUUGAAGAAACCUGCAUUGGAUCUCCGAGUUAAUUACAGACCUGUUUCCAAUCUUCCAUGGUUGGACAAGAUGAUUUGAGUGGGUGGUGGUCUCAGACUCAGGCAGUUUGGGAUGAUAGAGACUAUCUAGUCCAAUUUCAAACCAGAUAUUGAGCAGGUUGUGGGGUUGAGACUGCCUUGAUGGGUCUGAUGGAUGAUAUACAAUUGGCUAUUGCUAGAGUGUGACUUUGCUGAUCCUUUUGAUCUCAUUAACCAUGGCCUGAGGGAUUGGGUGGCACUGUUUUACGGUGGUUCAGUUCCUACCUCUCUGGUAGAUUCCAUAUGGUGUCACUUGGAGACUGCUGCUCCGUAAAGAGAGAACUAUGGUAUGGAGUUCCACAAGGCUCCAUAAUGCUGCCAAUGCACUUUAACAUCUACAUGAAGCCACUGGGAGAGAUAAUCAGGCAGUUUGGUGCAGCGUGUUAUCAAUAUGCUGAUGACACCCAGAUAUUUCUCCAUAUUGACCUCAUCAAGAAGUGGCAUAACUUCCCUAAAUGUCUGCCUGGAGGCAGUAAUGGGCUGGAUGAGGGAUAACAAACUUGUUGAAUCUGGUUGAUGGAGGUACUGACUGAGGGGUGGGGGUCAGGACCUAAGAGAUGGUUUAGAUCUGCCUGUUCUGGAUGGAGUUACCCUCCAGCUGAAAAAUCUGGUACGUACCUUGGGCGUGUUCCUGGAUCCAACACACACACUCAUUUCUCAGUUUCAGACAGUGGCCAAGAGCACUUUAUCAGCUACACCCAUUUCUGGUGGUAAAUGACCUUAAAACAGUGGUGCAUAUGCUGGUAAUCUCCAGGCUUGACUACAGUAAUGCACUAUAUUGGGCUGUUUUUGUACAUAGUCCAGAAACUACAGUUGGUACAGAACGUGACAGCCAGACUGGUCUUUGGGACAACCCAAAGGGACCAUGAAACAAUUUUAUAAUACCAAUGUGUUUAUGAGCAAAAUACGAAGUGCUGAUUAUUACCUAAAGCCUUCAAUGGCUUGGGUCUAGAGUUGCUUAUUGAGAUCUGGUGAGGUACAGAUCUCUGUGGCUGCUCCAGGGCUUUGGAAUAUGUUCCCUGUCAAAAUAAGAGCAUAUCCUCCUCUGUUUGCUUUUAGGAAGACCCUCAAGGACCAUCUGUGUGCUCAUGCUUUUAACUGAAAUUAAUUUUAAACUGUUUAAUUGUUUUGGUCCCAUGAAGUUUUAAUUUUUAUAUUCUGUGAAAUUGUUUUGACUUUACUCUGUUUUAUAUUUGUUUUAAAUUGCAUACAUCACAUAUCAGGCAGUAUGUAAAUAUAAAAUUGCCACUUGUAGUCCCCAAAUAUUCUACUGCAGUUUUAUGUGUACUGCCCUGUAAAUAUUUGUACAGACCAUUUGUUCAAAGUAUAUGGUGUAAUCAAUACUGCUCAUCUUUUUGAAGAGUUUGUAAUAUUUUAAAAAUUCAACUUGAAGUUUAUUUUGCUAAAGGUAUUUUAAGGGUAAACUUGAUACUGUUGGAAAUGUAAUUUGAUAGGUAUGUAUUUCUCAUUAAAGCAGUGUAAUUUGAUUAUAUAAAUAUUAACUUGUAAAAACUAUACAAAUAAAAUAUUAUAAAUUGCUUGUA